UAUACAAACAGAAAGGAAAUAUUGACAUUAUAAAGUGUCUGUAUUGCGGCAGAUUGUGACUGCAUAAACACUCGAUAAAGCAAAUAAAACGACUUUCAAAUUGCAUUCCUUUUUGAUAAUUUUUAUCUCGAGUUAUGUCUUGUAUUUUUCAACUUUUUACGGAUUAAACACCUACUCUUUGUUGUAAAGCUUAAGCUUUAAACAGAUUCUUACAGCGGAACGCUUCGAUAGUUUGGAUUAAAGAAAAUACGCCACUAGCACACGAACAAAGAAAAUAAAAUUUAAAUGUGUAGCUUUUUUUACAAAAGAGAUUUACAUUUUUGACAAACCGCUGGUUUUAUUUUAAAAGCUUUUGAACUAGAAUAGCUAGCUAGCGUUAAAAGCGGUUAUUUUGAAUUUGAAAGUCGUGGAGUUUACGACUACUUUCGGCUUAUUCAGGACUUUUACAUGUGAUCUUUGAAUGUAACAGAACGAUACAAUCUAAGGCGGAAGGUACGCAGUGUACUUCAAACAAGAACUGAGCAAACUAAGACUUGUAUUUACUACGUCAUCAAAAUCAGUGUGUUCGAAAUUUCGCGAACAGACUAUACUUCAUACACAUUUUCAAAAUAAAGUAGUAAAACCGACCUACUUUAUAAGGUAGUAUGAGAAGCGAACGGCUUAUUGUACCUGACAAUGUGACUGAAACGGUGUCGGUGUGUCCUUUAGUAAAUUACGAGGAGAAACGGUCAGCAAGUUAUGUGGAUUUUGUGACAAUGAAACGUUACAAUGAGGAGGUCAAAAUGGCCCCCAUUCUUACACCAGUGGCUUUCAGGGAUACUGUGAUCUGUUUGCCAGACUCUGGCAAAAAGAGAUUUAAGAGUCAAACACUUUACGAACCAAAGGUGAAACCGCGAAAAUUCAGUGACACUUUGAUAAUUUUUCCAAAGAGACCACAAAGAAGUUUUGUGACACUUGUGGAUUAUCAUAUAGACGAAUGUAGACGGUGGUUUAAAACAACCUUAGAAUUCAAAGCCAGGACUUACACUACAAGUAAGAUUCUAAACGACACAGAAGAUGAGGAUGUAAGUGACACUGAUACUAGUGAUGAAGAUGAAAGCAAAGAAAAAAUGUUCAUUUCGGAUGGCCCAGGUGCCUCGCAGAUCUUCCUACCAAGAUGGAAUAAAGACAGUUACGAUGAAAACAAAAACAUUCCCCAACUCGUGAACGGAGAAUUAUUGCUGAACGGAUAUUAGCAACCAUAAGAUUUGAGCGGGUUAGUUUAAUUAAAUUGGAUUGUAGUUCACAGUGGUCUUCUGCACCAGAGAGAUGCAUCAUGACGGAAUGUGUUCAAAAAAGUUGUCCCGCAUUUUAUUGCCGUGUCAUAAAUUGUGAAUUUCAUUAGUUUUGACUGAUUAUAUAAAAUUGUGUAGAUACACUC